AUGGGCGACCAGAGUGUUGAGGACAUACCGAGCGAGCCACCUGCAACCCCAAGCAACCCGACAGAGAGUGUUCCCUCCCCAAACAGACCACCCAAGCUCGGCAAGAGGCGCAAAUCACGAAAGCCCUCCAACGCAUCAACCGGAACCGUGGAUCCACCACCGGAAGAUCAAGAGGGGCCUAAAGAGAGUCCGCCGGAAGGGGCCCCGCCAGCUGAAGAAAACCAACAAGAAUCCAAGCCUACUGAAGAGGGCCAACAAGAACAAUCCAAGCCGUCCGAGGAGAACCAACAAGAAGAAUUAAAGCCGUCCGAAGAGAGCCCGCCAAACCCACCCGCUGAGUCAACAGAGACCCCGACGCGUGAGGACGAUAAGAAAGACUCUCAAGAGCCACCACAAGAUACCAAACCCAAGAUGAGCGCUCCAACCGACGAACUCUCUGGUCUGACCAAGGAUGCUGGCGAAAAGGUACCCCAUACGAAGGAAGUCAUCAAGGAGAUUUCCACCGGAGGGAUGGAUAUGAGAAUCGAUGACGAGGACUUGAACUGGAAGUCGUCGGAAAAGGAGGGAAGCUUGCAAAUUCGAGUCCGGAUUAACCUGCGCGCGAAGGUACAGCUGAACCUUGAUGCGAGAGUCAAGGGAGAGGUUGUCAUUGGGUUGCUGUAG